AUGAUAGAAUACAUGAAUUAUGUCAUAAAAUCCUUACAAUCUAACAAUGAUUACGAGCAUUUGACUUUAUCUUCAAGAUCCUUAUUGAAUUUUAAAAUACCCAAUGCAUUUAAGUUUCAAUUGUCUAAUAAAUCAACUCCUUAUACUUACAAUACCAUUGAUAUUUCGACGAAUAAAGUUAUAAAUGGAUCCAUUACAUACCUUUAUACAGAUGCAAAGGGAUUAGAUAAAUUGAUAAAAGAUUCGCAUAAUAUAAACAUCCAAUCAAUUGUGGAAACUUAUAAUCAUCAUUGUAAAACUUUAAAUAUUAAUAAACAGAAUGUAGAUUUUAAGUCAUUAUAUUAUGGAAGGAUGUAUUAUCCAAAUUCUCAUCUAGAAGGUAUGAUUAUUAAAAAAUUUACUACCAACACUCAAGUGGUAUUGAAAUGGGUAAGUAGUUUCAAUAGUUGCAAUAUAAUUACUGGGUAUUUCCAAAAAUAUGGGAAAAGAAAUUUUCAAGAGUUAAUUGUAUCAUCAAAUGACUUCUUAUGUGGUUAUAGAUUUUUACAUAAUUUCAUUGAACAGCCAUCCAAGUUGAAUAAUUCCCUUUACAAUAAUUCAUACAUUUCAUUAGGUGGUGAAUUUUGGUUAGCCAUAAGCACUUUAUCCCCCACUUGUGCUACUACCUUAAGAUACUGUACACAUUCUGCAACUACAGGAAGACCUUUAACUCUGACGCUAUCGUUCAAUCCAUUAUUUGGUCAUUUGUCAUCUACUUAUUCUGCAAAGACAAGUUCAAAUUCAGCAUUUUGUGUUCAAUACGAUUUUAAUUUGUAUUCAAUCGAUUCAAAUUUAUCUCUUGGUUGUGAAUUAUGGAAACAAAAUGAAUUGAUUCAAAAUGUAUCUCAAGAAAAAUCUAAAAAGCAAGAAAUCCAAGUUCCGCCAAAUUUCUAUAAUAAUAACUCGAAUGAUGCAAAGCAAAAAAGAAUUUUAAAUGAUUUAAAUACUACUUUUGAAUCAUCUUUAAAGAAAAUAGAUAAAGAAAGAGCGGUAAUUGAAAAUUUUGAAACUGAUCUUUAUAAUAAGGAUUUUACAAGUGUAUGGAAAUUUAGCACUUCAUUACGUGAUAAAAACUUAUGCAUCCUAUGGGAUGGAAAGUUUAAAGGGUUUCUAUUAUCUGCUGGUACAGAACUAAUUAGAAUUAAUACAAAUAAUGAAAAUAAUUCUCAGAGCUUAGUUAAAUUCUAUCCCGCUAAAUUGGGUUUACAAUUACAAUUUUCAACAUGA